AUGGUUGCGAAGCCGCUGGCUGCUGGUCUGGUGGUCCUUCUGGUGCUUGUUGUGGGCCUGUUCCUCUUCAUAGGCUUGGGGAAGAAAAACAUGGCUCCCCCCUCAGGCCACUUGUUCUUAAGGGCUGCUGUCGCUACCGACGCUGGGAAGUGUUCAGAAGUCGGAAGGGAAAUUUUAAAGAAAAACGGUUCAGCGGUGGAUGCUUCCAUUGCUGCCUUGCUCUGUGUUGGCCUUUUUAAUGCACACAGCAUGGGCAUUGGUGGAGGGGUCUUCUUUGUCAUCUACAAUGCCUCUUCUGGUAGAGUAGAAACCAUUGAUGCAAGGGAGACCGCGCCCAAGAACGCCACUGAGGACAUGUUUGGCAACAACACACAACUUUCUCGCACAGGUGGACUGUCCGUAGCCAUUCCCGGGGAGAUUCGAGGCUAUGAGAUGGCCCACAAGAGACAUGGCAGGCUGGCAUGGAAGGAGCUGUUUGAGCCAAGCAUUGCCUUGGCUCGUGAAGGCUUUCCGAUUGGGAAAGCCUUGGCUUAUGCCAUCUUGAAAACCAAGGAUUCCAUUCAAGGAAACGCUAAUCUUUGUGAAGUGUUUUGUGAUUCACAAAAAAACAUUCUCAGGGAAAAUGACGUGAUAAGAUUCCCAAAGCUGGCAGACACAUACCAGAGAAUAGCAGAAGAGGGUCCCGACGUGUUCUAUAAUGGCUCAAUGGCACAGAGGCUCGUGGAAGACAUCCAGGCGGCAGGUGGGAUUAUCACCUUGGAUGAUUUAUUGGAGUACCAGCCAGUACUGAAUGAAAAUCCCCUGAAGAUGAGCGUUGGGGAAUACACCGUGCAUGUUCCGGAUGCCCCCUCCAGUGGCCCAGUGUUGGCACUCAUUCUCAACAUAGUGAAUGGGUACAACUUCACAGACACAAGUGUCUCUACAGCUGAGAAGAAGACCCUAACGUAUCAUCGCAUCGUAGAGGCUUUCCGUUUUGCUUACGCAAAGAGGAGCAGACUUGGGGACCCACAUUUUCUCAAUAUUACUGAUCUUAUCCAAAACAUGACAUCGGCCUACUUUGCCGAAGGCCUAAGGAAGAAAAUUACGGAUGACACCACUCAUCCAGACAUUUACUACGAGCCGGAUUAUUUUGUCCCAGACAACCACGGGACAGCUCAUCUGUCUGUCAUAGCUGAAGACGGAAGCGCCGUGGCAGCCACCAGCACCAUUAAUCUAUACUUUGGGUCCAAAGUCAUGUCUCGAUCAACUGGAAUCAUAUUUAAUGAUGAAAUGGAUGACUUCAGCUCUCCAUACAUAACCAAUGGCUUUGGAAUCCCUCCCUCCCCUAACAACUUCAUUCAACCAGGCAAGAGGCCUCUGUCCUCCAUGUCUCCCACAAUAAUCUUUGAUAAAGACAAAAGAGUUAAAAUGGUUGUCGGAGCAUCUGGGGGCACAAAAAUUACCACAGCUACUGCCUUGGUCAUUCUGAACUCCUUGUUCUUUAAGUACGACCUAAGGAAAGCGGUGACUGAACCGCGAGUACACAAUCAACUCAAUCCAAAUAUGACAGUAGUGGAGCAGGAUUUUGAAAAGAUAAUCCUAGAAGGCCUGAUCUGGAAGAACCAUGUAACACAGCUGCAGAGGACUCCAGAUUCUGUGGUUCAGGUGGUGAUGCGACAGGGAGGGCAUCUCCGCGCAGAAUCAGACCCCAGGAAAGGAGGAUACCCUGCUGGAUACUGA